AUGCUUGUGUGUCUGUGUGUGGCGUUUCUGCUGCUUCAGGGGUUUCAAAUAUGGACGGACUUGGCGCCCGCGGUGCAGCAGCAGCCGAACCUUAUGUUCGCUAAGUGCGUGGUGCAGGCGGGGUCAACUCCCGAGAUGCUGCAGGUGCAGCAGGUAGAGCCCGCGGGUAACAAUGAGACUUUCUCUGUGCCGCAUGCACACGCAUGGAAUACGAACUCUUCUAUUGAUCCUAUGACAUAUGGCGAUAUCGGCAUGCUGCCACACACCAACAUUCCCUGUGUAUUAGAUUUCUUACGUUAUCGUUACAUGAGAAACCAGAUAUAUACUUGUGCAGAUCCUCUUGUUGUUGCUAUUAACCCCUUUAAAGACCUAGGAAACACCACAAAGGAAUGGAUCUGUAAAUACAGAGAUACUGAUGACUACACUAAACUACCACCCCACGUCUUCUACACUGCACGUGUUGCUCUCGAUAACCUCCAUGGCGUCAACAAAUCACAAACCAUCAUCGUAUCCGGCGAGUCGGGUGCUGGUAAGACGGAAGCUACGAAGCAGAUAAUGAGAUAUUUCGCUGCUGCGAAGGGGGGGGCGAUGGACAUGCGUAUUCAGAACGCUAUCAUGGCAGCUAACCCAGUGUUGGAGGCGUUCGGUAACGCCAAGACUAUCCGUAACAACAACUCUUCUCGUUUCGGGCGUUUCAUGCAGCUUGAUGUAGCAAAGGAGGGGGGUAUUCGCUAUGGUAGUGUUGUUGCGUUUCUGCUUGAGAAAUCGCGUGUUCUCACCCAAGACGAACAGGAACGUUCGUACCAUAUCUUCUACCAGCUGUGCAAGGGGGCUGACGCAAGCAUGCGUGAACGUUUCCACCUGCUUUCUCUGGACCAGUACACAUACAUCAACCCCAAGUGCUUCGAUGUGCCCGGCAUUGACGACUUAGCCGACUACAAGGAAGUCUGCGAUGCGUUCAAGUCCAUGGCCCUCACAGACGAGCAGGUUGACUCAGUGUGGAGCGUUGUAGCCGGAGUGUUGUUGCUUGGAAACGUGCAGAUCACCGCGACAAAGCAGGGCGGCAUGGAUGAUGCUGCUGCUAUUGAAGGCGCGAAUCUCCAGCUUUUCAAGGAAGCUUGCGGUCUGCUUUUCAUCGACCCAGAUGAAGUAAUGAGGGAACUGACAACAAAAGUCACAUACGCCGGUGGGCAGAGAGUGGAAAGCCGCUGGAGACAAGAAGACGGUGACAUGCUCAAAUCUUCCUUAGCGAAAGCAAUGUACGACAAACUUUUCCUGUGGAUCAUCAGUGAACUGAACAAGUCCAUCAAGCCACCAGAGGGAUUCAAGAACUUCCUUGAAAAACUUCGUCGAUAUCGUCUUCACGAGGGAGGCGAAGCUGUACAAAGAAGAAAACGUUUCAACAGCUGA